CCGCAGAUAUGUUUAUUGUCUCGGAAAUCGAAUCUCAGGGAGACGAUGAAUGGAAACUCUCCAGAUGCUGCAUGAUUACCGUUGACUAUGCGCUGAGGGGCGCGUGCUGUCACGGCUGCGAAAAAAAUUAUAGUACAAAGGUGUUCGAGAUUAGUCCGAGCAGACUCUCGAUCCAGGGGCAUUAACUUCUUGAUCGCCAGCAAUCAUAAUUUUUCAAGAUGGGACUUCCCUGAAAUUUGUGCAAUGAGCCAUGACAAAGAAGAAUCGUCAACAAUAUAAAAUUCCUAAACGACCGAACGACUCAUAAUUUUUGCGAAGAAGCCAUGGGUAUGGGACACAGUCUCCACAACCAGAGAGACUACGAGCCUCCACCAUUGCCAUCGCCCUUUGGCCCUGGCGGGCCUUUCCAGGGUUUCCCGCGAACCUCCAGAGCCUCUCAAGCCUCCUCACACUGUUCAGUUGCAUCGAAUCCGCAGAAUCAAUUGGCUUACGCAACACAAAUGACUGGCUGGCAAUCGGAAUACGGCCCCGGUGUGCCUGUUCACCAGGAGGCAGUGGAGUUGACGAGGACAGUAUCCUGCCUGGCGGCUGCCAAUCAGCAAUUGGCAGCCGCUCACAGUGCCCUUCUGGGACAGCUGGAGGGACUAUACCUGGAACUGAACAAGGAGAGAGAUGCCAGUGCGAAGAAGUGUGAUGAUGACCUGAAGAGGAGGAUUGAGGUUGUUGAGAGCGUGAUCGGGGGGCAGUGUCAGUGCACAGGGCGGAUCGUUGGAGAUGACUGGAGAUCGGUGAAGAAGAAGGACAGGGGGGACGAGGAGUACGUCAGGAGGGAGUAUCAGAGAGCUGUGGAGAGGAUUAGGGUGUUGGAGAGUGAGUUGAGGGGAGGGAGAGAGGAGGACAGGUGUGAUGGACUCCUCAGGGAGGUCAGGAGACUCAGGGAGGAACAGGUGGAGACUAAGGAGGCUAACAAGAGGCUGAGGAGGGAACUGGAGAGGGCCAGAAGGGACUGCGAGGUAUCGAAAGAUUAUUUUAAAUCAAUGCGAGAGACUUCGGGAGAGACUGUCAGACAGGUUGGAGACCUGGAAGGAAUGGUGCGAGAAAAUUCUAUUCAGACUGAUGAGGUGGUGAGGCCUCAGGAAGGCCAGCUAGAGGAGUCUCUCAAAGAAAUUCAAAGACUGAACGAUAUCAUUUCGAGUUUUAAGAGCAUUAAAAAUUCCGAUGCUGAGAAUCCUUUCAAUUUCUCCCCAGAAACCUCAACCGAAGAGGACUCAGUUGAACGACCAAGUCUGGACGAGUUCAAGAAAGAUCUCUGCGUGAAACGGGAAGCGCGUCAGCGUGCGAUAGCAGCAGUCUCCUCCGAAAUGGAGCGUCUCCGGAAGGAGUUGGAUGCCGAGAAGGAAGCACAUUCUGAGACCUCAAAGGUCCUGGACCUCCUAAAGACGCAAUCCGAAAAGGCGUCUCAAAAGAGCGAGACCUUUUCGAUCGGCACCACGACCGUUUCCCUAGAAGAUGUGAAAUCUGUGUGCGAAUGGCCGGAACCGAACUCUAUUCAAAAAGAUGCACAACGACUCACUGACGUACUGAAGGUCUCGGACGAACUGCGCAGCUGCAUUAGACUUCAGAUCGAGAAGAUUGACGACUUGCGUUACCACUUGGAGUGCGAGCCGGAGAUUAACGCUCACAGAAUCGAAACCCUGCAGACGAUAGCAAAAUCGAAUAGAGAGACCUUCGAGACUCGAGAGCAUCAGAUGAAUCGACUGAAGAACACGUUGUCCCAAAUUCUGGCUAGACUCGGGGACGAAAAAUUCAAGAUCGAAAUCAGCGAGGACUUGAGGACUGAGCACGACCAUCAGGUCGAGGACAUCCGGCGAUUGAAGGCCCUCUACGAUGAAAGGAUGAGGGUUCUGGUGGAGGUGAAGGAUACGGCCGCAAAGGACCUUGUGAGCACUCGGCACAGGCUCAAGGGUCUGGUGAAAGAGAAGGAGUCACUGGAGGAGGAGCUGAAAAAGGCCGAGGAGAAGAUCGACGCACAGGACACGGAAGUAUCGAAUCUCGAGUCCCAGCUGGGGUUGACUAAGGCGGACUGCAGGGACCUGCAGAACCAGAUGUCACUCAUCAACAGCUUGUUCUCGCAGAUGCUGUUGAGCGCCUCCUCCGCGGAUAUGGAUCUUGAUAGACUGACGCAGCUGCUGCAGGAGAAUCACGACUUGAUAUGCGAUAUGGCACGUGAGGAGGGCACGGAGGCUGCAGCCCUUCCCAAACUCCUGCUGGAUCUUGUGGAACAGGUGGAGGGACGUGAGAAGUCCAAAUCGACUGAAGGAAGCACGGAGAAGAAGGAGGACGAUGCACAGGAGGAGAGCAUAGCAAACAAUCUACCCAAGGUCUGGAAAGUCCUGACUGAGUUACUCAGCUGCCAUGCCGCUGGCUCGUCAGCCUCGACGUCUUCUACGACGUUGUACAACGAUCCUAACAGCUGCUACAAAUCAGUGGAUACACCCACUGGACCCAGGCUUGUCAUAUCUGUUAGCAAGACCUAUAUUCGACUGAAGGAGCUCAUCUUGGAGAAGAAACAUCUGGAGAAGGAGAUGGGGAGGAUGAAGCAGUUGAAUUCGCAUUUGGAGAGUAAACUGGGGGAACAGGAAAAACGGUUGUCAACAGUAUCUGAUGAGCUGAGCAAGACGUGGAAUGUCGUCGGUCGAAUGCAGGCCCAACACCAGCAGCUUCACACUCACGAAAAAAUCUUGCGUUACGAGCUUCAACAAAAGCGAAAGAUGCUUCAGGAAUUGAAGCAGGAGUUGGAAUACUGCCGGGAGAAGUGGGAGUCCGCGAGGCAGAAGAAUACGAAUACUGAGAUCGAGUGGAAGAACCUCAGGAGGGAGUUCGCUGCCAGGAAGGCUCUCGCGCACGAUUCGUUCAACAACAGAAAUUGCGCUUCUAGUGCUGAGAGUGGUUUCAGUGACGAUCGAUGCGAUGACUCGGACGACGAGGAGGGGGAGGCUGAGGAGAGGGUGCGUACAGGUCCACGCCGAAGGACUAGAAAGGAGAGUCCAAGGGCGCCAACUCCAGACACCGAGUCCGAGCAGCCAACGGACACCGAGAUAUCGGACCCAAAAACAGAGUCGCCAGACCCACGAACGCCAACGCCAGAAACAUCGGAGGGCUCCUCUGCCGAGUCCUCGAAGAGUCCUGAUAACCCCCUGGAUAAGGCCUUGGCGAAUGUCAUCCAGAACCUUAUCCAGACCGAGGACAAUCAGAGCGGCGACGAUACAAAAAGGGUGUCAUCAACUGGACCUAUGUCGCCCCCUUCAUCAACACCAAAGGAAGAAGCGAAAAUAUCAGGUAAUGAAGAGACAACAAAUCUUCAACACGAAGACGUCACCCAAGAUCACUCAUCCACACCACCAAAUCAACAUUCAGCACCCGAAGACACUGAUAAGACCCCAGGAGACCCAUCUAAUCUCAUCUCUGUUUUCUCGAUUGGGCCUUUUCCACAAGCCGGUAAAACUGUACAGUUCAGUGAUCCUCUGAUUGUGGGGCCCAACAGCGACCUUCAGGGGUCUCUCUUCGGGUCCCCGAGUGGAUCGAGAACAUUGGAAAGUACUUCAAGAAGUUCCCUGGACCUCGGAGAAACGCAGGAACCAGCUGGGGCGGAAGAAAAAUUGAAAACCACCGCAGAAAUUGUGAGGGAAGACGAUAAAACAGAUUUGGGGGUGAAAAUCGAUGGGAAUUCAGUGGACGGAUCUUCGGCGUCAUCUUCGAGGAACAACAGAAGCUCGGAGGAGGUCCUAGCUGCUCGUGAUGCCAGACUGAAGAGGCUAGAGGAGCAGGCAGACUGGCUCAUGAAGAAGAUGAACGCAACGAGUCGGAGAGGAUCUGCUUUGAACACACGAUUAGAAGAAUUGCAUGAAGCUUAUGGGGAAAUUCCUGCCCCACCACCCAUGCCCGAUGUUCUACCAACUGUGAGGAUUCCCACCAAUCCGCAUCUUGGAGAGGAAUGUGAGACACCGGAACAGACAGAAAGCCCAGAAUCACCAUAAGCUACUUCCACCCCAGAUAAAACCAUUUUUGUACCUUGAUAAAAUGUUUCAGCAGGAGAAUUAAAUAAAAUUGAUGAGAAAAAAAAUCGACAAAAGGUGUACAAUAAUCUUGAGAAAUUGUCAGUCGUAACAAAAAUUGAAGAA